AUGCUAGAAUCUCGCGAUGGUUUCUUCAAAAAGAAGAAGAAUAAGCACGAUGCCAAGCAGAAAAACAUUUUCUCAAAAUUCCUGCAUUACAGUGUUCAGGAAGAGGACAACUCAGCUUACAGUCUGACAGAAGAUCCUGCAGCAGCCACAGCAUCAGCAUCAAGCUAUCCAACCCAGGAACAAGACUUUGAUAGGAAGACUCCUGAACUUGCAUUAGACUCAAAUUACAUUCAAGAUGUAUCAGAACAAAGUAGUAGAUUACAACCACUUGUUAGCAAGCAGCAACCAUCUGAUAAAAGUUURAAGAAAUCCCAGCAGGAUGAAGCAUUAAAAAAAGGCACAAUUGGACAUGUUGCCUCUCCUAUGUCAUUCUCRGAUGAGAUUUUUAAUAACAGCUCACCUGGAAAUGAAACAUCAGAAGAUGAUACUUUGCCAGAGCCUCAACAAAUGUCAUCAUUUCAAAGGAAUGUCCUUUGGAAGUUUGAAGACCUUCACAUGUUGGUAGGCACAAAUGUCCCCAUCUUUGGUGGUGGCAAGUAUCCUGCAGUCAGUUUGAGAUUAAGGGACUGUGGAAAACCCAUAAAUGUCUUAACUGGAUUGGAUUACUGGCUUGACAACCUGAUGUGCAAUGUGCCUGAGGUUGCUAUGUGCUACCAUCUUGAUGGAAUAGUACAGUACUAUGACUUGUUUAAGACUGAGGAUUUGCCACAGCUUGAAGGAAGUAGUUUCUCACCAAAGGUUGUGAAAGAUAUUGCGCAGAAUGUGCUUUCAUUCAUGAAAUCCAACUGUACUCAAGAAGGACACACUUACUGGCUAUUCAAAGCAACUGACAGUGAGGUGGUGAAGCUCUAUGAUUUGACAUCAAUUUGUGACCAGAAAACAGAGGAGAAGUACCAGAAUCCUUUCACCAUCCCUGUUGCGAUGUUAUUUUACAGGGUAGCAAAAAAUAUGAUGAAACAAGAAGUAUUGGAUACUGGAGAUCAAUCAAUUGUCAAACUGCUACUUGAUAACUGCGUGCUUCUUUUAGAUGACCAGAAAUUCCCAGAGAUUGUAACGUCUGCUAACCUUUUGUUAUCCAGUCUUUAUUCGCCCGAUAACAUCCACACUCUUCCAUCUGSUGUUAGUGAUUCUAAGGAUWGCACACAAGAAGACUUAAGUGCAGACGAUAAGGCUGAAAUACCUAUAGAUGCCAUGGCUUCUAAAGGGACUUUAGAAGUAAGAGAGCUUUCCACACCAGGGAUGUAUCAGGACGACAUAAGACAGGUCGCSAAGAUGAUCACUAACAAUACUGAAGAACGAUGCAAGAAGGCUCUUUCACACAUAGUCGAGGGACUUCGAUGCCUAAGCCUAGGCUUGUCCACUGACCAAGAAGCAGAAGAAAUGGAUGAUACCAAAAAUGACGGCAGCAAAGGUUCAUACUCGGUUCGUCGUAUUACCGCAUUAARCCCCAGCUCCACACCUGGACAUGGCUCAGAUGAAGGUGAUAAAAACCCGUUAAUACUGGUCAAACCGGUUCAGUGGAGAGCCCAGUCUAAAAUGCUCCUUCUUCGUAAGGCUACGUCAGUAUAUCAUUCAAUGGCUUGUUUUUCCAACACGAAAGGAAAGUAUGGCCGAGGGUUGAGAUAUUGCAAGCUUUCUUUCCAAUGCCUCCAAGCAUAUCGAGCGUUUGACAUUCAAAAGCACGAGGAAGAUUUUGAGUUGAUUCGUUCUAUUAACUGUGCAUGCGCAGAUUCAUAUCUGAUGCUUGCAAAAUGUGAGAAUUUGGAGGUUCAUCAUGACGAUUUCUCCCAUGGCUCAACUGAUGACAGUUUCAUAGCUCAAGCAGCGAGCGAGACUGGUGACGAGACGUACAGUGCUAAGGUGGAAUUUAAGUUUAACUCUAAAGACAAUCUUAUAACAAGCGCUGAUUUGUAUGUGGUAGCACUAGAUCUGGCAGGGAAAGGGACUAAAGAAGAUGAAUUUAUCAGCCUUGCCCGCCGUGUUGGGAAUGUCAAAAAUGAGCUGGGAGUGUAUUUCAUGAACCAAGCAGUGUCCAUGGCUGAGCAUGGCGUUAAACUCUCCAAACAAAGAGACUUCUGGAAGAAAAGCUUCGCUUUCUUUGAAAGUGGUAUUAAAGCUUUUGAGUCCAUUGAUGACAGAGCCAACAUGGCGCUUUUAUAUUCCAACUCUGGACGGCUAAUGAGGUUGUGUGCACAAGCUGUUGGGGGAAGAGUGGGAGCAGGUAAAACUUCUAUGAAGGAGUUUUCGUCGGAAGAAAAAGCAUUUUUCAAACAGUCAAUCGACUUUUACAAUCGCGCACUUCAAAGCUUGGCCGAGAGAAAAGUCUGUGCGGAGGUCUGGGAUACAGUCACGUGGGAACUAUCUGGUGCAUAUUUUACUAUGGCAACGUUACUUCAGGAUUUUCCGCCUCUGUCCAUGCUUUCRCAGCAAGAGGUGGAAAAAGAGGUUACAGAGUUGAUGAUGAAAGCACUUAAGAUAUGUGAGCCCACAGGCAAGGGAUCACAGGCAACUGUUCGGCCCCAUUCUUCUCUUGAUUUGGAAAARAGGAUUGGAUCUAUUCAUCAUAGAUUGGCUUCCUUGUAUCAUAAUGCGUAUCGAAAUGAGAUAUCAGACAAUGCCAGGAAGAAAACUCGUUCUCUAGCUGAUCUGCACUACACCAAAGCAUGUUUAAAUUACAAGCCAGACAUCUUUCCCUGUGAGUGGAUCAGAAUUCAUCUUGAACGCGUCGCUAUGUGUGAACAUCAACUUGCUUUGCAMGGYAGUGSUUCAAAUGCAUCAUUUAAGGCUUUGGAUUUUUCUCUUGAGCUGAUAUUAAAAUGUAGAGAAGCCUUGGUUACUCUUAGUAACAUCGAACAAGAAUUAGAACGAAAAGAUAGCGAAAACGUGAAAGAAAUGAACAUUGGAGGGAUAAGUAUCACUGGGAAAGACAAUAAAGAAACAGGUAAUGUCCAAGAAAAGCAAUCUCCAAUUGAAGGUUGCCAUGAAGCUCAAGGAUGCAAAACUACUGAAGAGCAUGCCCGUCAGACUUCCCAAGAUACUGAUGAAGGUGACGGAAAACGCUCGAACAUUACAGAAGCAGUAACGUACAAUUCAACAUUUGUAAGCGAACUGAAAGUUCUAAUACCAAUUUUACAAGCUAGACUUAACUUCGUACUYAAAGAAAUGGUUAAACUCCGUAGCUCGAAGAAGAGUGUAAAAAAUAAAGGAAUCGGUCUCCCUGACCUAGAAAAAGCAAAACAGAUGUAUUCAGUAGCAUUGAAAGGCUGUGCUGCUAACACUUCAUCAAACAACUUCACACAAGCAAAACAACUUGCGGAUGUCCUUGCGAACAUUAGUUCUAUCAAGGAAGACAAUACACUUUCUUGAAAGCAAUAUUUAUAGUGCWUAUAUGUUUCAUUUCAAACUACAGUUUAGGCUGUUGUAAAAAUUCGUCUUUUGGGCUUCCAGAGCCAAACAUUACAAGCCCUUGCUAAAGACCACACGUCAAUGUGUAUAUUGAUAGAAAUUUCAUACUCAAUGUUAAGAUUAUUCGAAAAAUAUCGAGGAUGUGAAAAGAUUAAUUGCCUCCAACUCUGUUAGGCUAAUGUCAGUGGCUGUCAGUGUUUCGACGUUUGCAUCAUUAAAGCAAGAAUAUGAAAUUUGAAUGAUACCGCCAUUUUGAAUUAUGUAAUUUACAAGGUCUUGACGUUUAAUUGAAACCAAAAUUGCUGAA